AUGCACAUGCCCGCCUCGAGGAGGGGCUUUUACGACCACGCCGUGGAACCCCUUUUGGCGACAUUCAACCGACGCACUCCCCUGGUGCUGCUUUCCGUCCUUUGCACGUUCGCUUUAUUCGCGUGGUAUAGAUCGGCCCACGGACCUUCGGCCCCCUUGUUGCACAGCGACUACGGCGCAUAUGGGCGAAAAAGAGGGUUCGAUGGGCACUGGGAUUACAGGAGGGACGCGGAAAACUUGAUGCUGGACUCGCAGCAAUGUGAACAGGCCUUCCCCGGCCUGUUCGAGGAAGUUGAGAGGCCGGUGAAUCAGAGGAUGCACAAUCCCAUCACGUUUGAAGAGAUCGACGCCAUGCCAAAGCAAAAUGGUUAUGUUCGUGCCAUGAUCUAUAAUCAACAGCUCUAUGUUAUUGCCACCGCAGGAGGCAUCUACUCUCGCGAGAUCGCAACCUUACAUGCCUUGCACCGUGCCAUUCUGACGUCUCCGGAACCUCUACCCAACAUUGAAUUCGCAUUCAAUACAGACGACCGCAUCCCCUCGGUCCCCUUGUGGGGUUACGCUCGCCGUGCAGAAGACACUCACAUCUGGCUCAUCCCGGACUUCGGCUACUGGUCCUGGCCCGAGACCAAGGUGGGCUCGAUGCGCGAAGUGCAGAUGAAAGCAGCCCUGACGGAACAAGUCGAGGGAUGGGGUUGGGGCGAGAAGGUCGCCAAGCUGCUUUGGCGCGGCGCGACUAUGGGUCUGGAACUGCGUGAACGACUGAUCCAGAUGACGGCCGACAAAACCUGGGCCGACGUCAAGGCUCUGAACUGGCAUGACACCGAUUCCGUGACCCAGGACCUCAAGUCCAUGGCCGAGCAUUGCCAGUACAAGUAUCUCGUACACACCGAAGGCAACUCGUACUCCGGACGUCUAAAGUACCUGCAAGCAUGCAAGUCGGUCGUGGUCGCGCACAAGAUGGACUGGAUCCAACACCACCACCCGCUCAUGCGCUCCAGCGGGCCGCAGCAGAACUACCUCGAGGUUGAGCGCAGCUUCGAGGAUUUGGAGCAAAAGAUUUCGUGGCUGCAGAACCACGACAAGGAGGCGGAGCGCAUCGCGGCGAACAGUGUCAGGACGUUCCGCGAGCAGUAUCUCACGCCGGCGGCAGAAGUCUGCUACUGGCGCAAGGUCAUUCACGGCUGGGCUCGCGUGAGCUUUGAGCCUGAGUUCUUCAAAGUUGUCAACGGUUCAUCGGUCUGGAGGGGCUUGCCCGUCGAGUCGUACCUAUUGGAACGUAGGCUGGAAUGGGAUCCGUACUAG